CGUAACGCACAUUCGCCAUCGUCGCGUCGCUCGCGUUGCGCGAACGUUGUUACAGUCGCGAUCCACCGUCCGACCAUCGACCAUCGUUCUGUUCGUGCGCGCCAAACCGACUCUCGCGGCGUUCGAUAAACGUACCUAAACAUAAUAGUGAAUUUUUUUUAAAUCGUGUUCGUCGUUCACACUCCGGUGCAAUCAUGGUGGUCAUAUUGAGCGCAGUCCAAGGAUUUUUCGACAACUAUGGAGAUCCUCGCACAAAAGACUGGUUUUUGAUGAGCAGUCCUCUCCCUACACUAUGUAUAUGUGCCGCUUACGUGUUUACCGUAAAAGUUGCGGGACCGCGAUUGAUGGCCAACCGCAAGCCCAUGGAAUUAAGAAAUGUUCUCAUCGUGUACAACCUUUUCCAAGUACUAUUCAGUUCUUGGUUGUUCUACGAGUGUAUGAUGGGCGGCUGGUGGGGUGAAUAUAGUCUCCGAUGCCAACCGGUAGAUUAUACGAAUAAACCAUCCACAAUAAGAAUGGUAAACAUAUGUUGGUGGUAUUACUUUUCGAAAUUCACAGAAUUUAUGGAUACGAUAUUCUUCGUCCUUCGCAAAAAAGAUAGACACAUCUCUACCCUACACGUGAUUCAUCACGGAGUGAUGCCAAUGAGUGUGUGGUUUGGAGUAAAAUUUACACCAGGUGGCCACAGCACAUUCUUCGGUCUUCUGAAUACGUUUGUGCACAUCAUCAUGUACGCAUAUUACAUGUUAGCCGCAUUGGGCCCCAACGUACAGAAAUACUUGUGGUGGAAGAAGUAUUUGACUUCACUUCAAAUGAUUCAGUUCUUGGCAAUCAUGAUUCACGCAUUCCAAUUGCUGUUUAUCGAUUGCAAUUACCCCAAGGCAUUCGUUUGGUGGAUCGGUAUGCACGCCGUAAUGUUCUUCUUCCUUUUCAAGGAGUUUUACAAACAGCAAUACUCGAAAUCAUCAAAACAAAAGGUGAGCAACGAGAAGAAAAUGACCGCAAACGGUGUAUCCCAGCUGCCGAACGGUUACAGCAAACAAUCGGAUUACUACAUAAAUGGCAACGGACUGUCCAGGCCGGAUUUGGUGCACAGGGCCACGGCCGGCGCUCACUGACCGCCGUCGACGACGAGCCUCAGCAGCAGCAGCAGCAAUCGUCGCCAACGCCGCCGUCACCGCCGUUGUUAAAAACGGUCGCUCCCGCGCGCAGUCAACAAAAUAUUGCUCAAACACGCCCGAAAAAACAUACUCUCACAAACGUGUCUGCGUAUGUAACCGAGCAUACUCUUUUAGUGGAAAAUUUUUAUUUCUAUCUCUCACUUUAUCUCUCUCUCUCUCUCUCUCUCUCUAUUUCCCUCCCCUCAGUUAUUAUUAUUAUUAUUGAUAUCGUAUGCAUAUUAUGUACACACGUUUACGCAUUUGUGUUUAAACCAUACCCUUUAACCAUACUACGUAGAACACGAAUACAAAUUUGUAUAUAUAUGUAUGCGUAUGUAUAUAUAGGUAAAUAUUAUAUAAUAUAAGAGUUAUAUAUAAUGAAUAUGUUAUAUUGUGUAUUGCGCAGCCUUCUUUUUCUCCCCGCCCGUACUGCCGUCGAGUGUACGCGGUCAUUACGAUAUCACUGCGCGUAUUAUAUAUAUAUAUAUUUUUGUACUCCGUUUGAAAAAAGUUCAAUGUUAUGUAUUUUUUUUUUUUUUUUUGUUUUUCCGUCUUCUUUUUUUUUAUUUAUUAUCUUAUUUUGAGUUACCCCGGGGCUUAUAUAUAUCACAAAUACGUGCGGAUACCGUGGGGUGCGCACGCCCGUUCGUCGUAUUUGUAUAAGUUUAAUCGCGCGUGUACUACACAUUGUCGUGCGUUAGGUGUAGGAAAUUAACAGUCCGCGUAUUAUGUCUCUCAACAUUUUUACCUGUUUAUAGUUUUUGAUAGACUUGGUAUUUUUUUUUUUUUUUUAUUACAUUUUUUUCUAUUAGUUUAAGUAUUUUGCCGUCUUAAAAUUAAGUAACCGUGAAAAACAAAAAGGGGGAAAAAAAA